GAGAACUGCGGGUCGUGGUCUUCGGAACGAAAGGAUUAUCACUAUAGGUGCCCAGGGUCGUGGCGCAAAAAAGUAUAUAUGAUAAAUUGAAUCACCUGUUACAAAUCCAAUUCGAAAACCAUCUCCAUCUUGUUCAAAAACAAAAUUGAAAACAAUUCUCCCGUUUCAGAACCAGUAUUGAUUGAAAGAGGAGGACCACUUUUUUGUGCUUCUCAACGCAAACAAUUCGCGAACAUGCACGCCUUCGAGACGUUUCUGGGGGGGGGAAUUCUCCUCCUCUUGCUCGAGCUGUUGAUGAUCGCGGUCGUCGCCUACAAAAACGAAGCCGGAAAAACUUCUUCCACCGAGAUCGCGGCAGAUGCCGAAUUCAGCGAACCGGUGGGAGAGGAAAACGAAGGGAAGGCAUUUUUCGAGCAGGAGCACGUCGAGCAGCAGCCGUGUCCUCAGGACAAGGAGAAAGUUGACUACUUGGCAAGAAAGUGCCGCGUUCCGUACGACAAGGAUGCGGGAGUCUGUGCAUGCGAACAGCAGCUCACGGAAGUCACGUUCCAGGGCAACAAACAGCAGAAGUGCCGGUGGGGUUGCAAGGAACUAAAAAGCGACACGUUCGGGUGCUUUGGAAACCAAUACAGUGGAGUGGUGGAGUGCACGUCGACCGAGAAAACGCAAAAGGCAGCGGAAGACCUGCCAGAGUCUACUACUUGA